AUUCUUCCCAGAUGGGCUUUCGCCCCGGAAACUAGAGCAGGUAGAACACAAAGUUGCACCAGAGAUCGGCCGAAAGUUUUGUAUCGGCGGAGUUUUGGACUGAUCCUUACACAGGUGGGCAGGGUGGGUUUGACGCAAGAGUCAGUUCUAACAUUCUUGCUGAAUGAAGGUGGUCGAGUGAAAAACUCCGAGCUGCUUAACAAUUUUAAAAGUCUGCUCAAUGUUGGUAAUCCUGACGAAAAAAAGCAAAACCGGGAGUUGUUCAAGAGGUUUGUGAACAAUGUUGCCGUGGUGAAAGACAAAGAGGGGGUAAAAUACGUUGUCGUCAGGAAAAAAUACCUGCCUUUUGUGAAAGACGUUUCGGAAGUACCUGCACAACACUCCGACCUGGGUGGGAGUUCAGAGCGCUUAAGCAACUUGUCAUCUGAUAUAGGUGGCGACCAAAGCCCUGAAGGUGAAGCAGGUAAGAUAUUUCGUUCUGACCUUCGUAACAAUAAACUGACCGCUUUUCCGAACUCUGCUGACAGUCUGUUGGGCGAGAAAUUAAUCGACAAUGCUUUCAAUGUUAACACGCCGUCGACAUUACUAGAGAGAAGCCAGGAUCUGUCAUAUACCGAGAGUACUGGAUUUAUUGAUGUUGAACAAGGGAAACCACUGCGCACCACACAAGAGGUGUCAACAAAAGAGGCUGUAGAAUUCCAUGAACCUAAUCUUCCUGGAGACAUGACGCGCUUAGUUGACAAAAAGGGCAACGCAUCAAUUUUUGCUAUUGUGGCAGUGCCCGAUAUCCCAACCUCUCAGUCUCAACCAAGCCAUACGUGUAAUAAUAAAGUUGAGUCAAUGCUAUUAAAGUACAACCAAGGUGGGACAUAUAAUAAAGGAGCCACAACGCAAGGUGCCCAAAGGACUGCUCAGAAGCCAUACAUGCUCCCUUUGAGAUGCCUUCCGCCUGAGGUGGAUUUUAAAACGCAAGUGGAAGAGCAGGUUGUUUUAAGACCAAAAGAAGACAAGGUGAAGGCCCUUGUGAAGCUCCAAGCAGACCGUGAUGCAUACAAGUCUCCCCGAAUGAAAAGAAGACAGAUCGAGGAAGCAACCACUCCUAGCUCUCCUCAUUUGAAAAGGAUAUCCAAGACUUUGAAACAAGGUGAGGAAGCCAGGUACUCUGACAUGGCCCCUCUGGACCCUGUAGAGCAUGAGUGGCUGGUGAAAGCUGCAGCAGGACAUUGGAACCAGCUUUAUGGGCUUCUUCUAAGGGAUACGAACUUGGCUGAAAAGAAGGACUUCAUGUCUGGGUUCACAGCUCUCCACUGGGCAGCCAAAAGUGGAAACAUUGACAUGGUGACUAAAAUCAUUGACAUCUCCAACAGAAGGAAUACGAAGUUGGACGUAAACUCUAAAACCUAUGGGGGCUACACACCAUUGCAUAUUGCUGCUUUACAUGGCCACGAAGAUGUCCUUUCCAUGCUAGUCUUGGACUAUCAUGCAAACAGCAACAUAAGAGACUACAGUGGCAAGAAGCCAUACCAUUAUUUAAGGAAGGGGGCAUCAUUUGAGGUGAAGCAGCUCCUGGGAGACCCACAGACACACCAGCAGCAAAGUGUCCACCUAAAGAAACCCACAAAGGUAUCUCAUUCCAUUCUGAGCUCCACUAACUCAUUCCUGGGAGUUAUCAGUGAAGAUGGCCACAUCCCUGAGCUUCCUAAAGGCUUCAAGCCAUCCUCUUUAAGUAAGCUGUUUAUUCCCCCCACAGUGUCCAAAAAGAAAAGCAAGCACAGGUCAGGCUUUGCUUCUGUAAGUGAAGACCACGAGGAUGAGAAAGAGGACAUUGUCAAAUGCAGACCUGUUUCUGAGUUCUUUCCCUGAGUUCAGGGUUAAGGAUGGCAGCUGUUUAUAUUGCUGAAUUCUUAAUGAGGGAUUUUAUAUGGGUAACAGGCUGUAGUUACAUCAUGAAAUCAGAUCACCUGGAGUCCAUUAAUGGGAUGAACCUGGAUAUUCAUGCGUUGUGUGCAGUCUUCAGGGGAUUUUUUUUACAGCAUUGAACAUUUGAAAGUGCAGCUUCUAUGUUAAUACUGUAUUAUCAUGAAUUGAAUGGCUAGUAAUUGUAUUUUCUACCUACUAUACUGUGAAAAUCGAGUCUUCGGCUCUCUUGGUGAGGUUUUUGCUCCAAGACCUGCAGGUUGUGGAUUUGACUGCAUUCCACAGGUUUUUGAUUUUUAAACUAUCCCCAGUGUAGAAUUUGCAAUAGAUAUAUAUAUAAAUUUUUUUUUUUUUUUUUUUUUUUUUAAAUAAACUUGCAAUUGUUAUUCUUACAGAACUAUUGAAUAGCUAUUAAUUAGCUGAAUUUAAGCACCCUGAAGUUCUGUUUCUUCCUAUGUAAAAUGGAGAGAUGGUUGUGGGGAAAAUGCACAUGUAAAUCAAUAACGAAUGUUCUAAUUGUCUCUUUUGUAUAUUCAAUAUUUCUAGUGUUUGUCACCUGGGUUCUCGGCUGGGCUUGUCACAGUGAUCAGAUGAAUGCUGCGUGUAAUAUAUUUACAUAUGACAGCAACAAGGAGCUUUGCAUAGGCAUUCUGAGAUUUUAUCCCAAGCCUACUUGUUCGUAAGAUAAAUUAGAUUUAUUUUUUUAUUUUUUAUUAUUCAGGUUCAAAAUAUAACUUGCUGACAGGACUGAACUAUGCAAAUGCUGUACAGCAGUCUGCCUCAUUUUAGGACAAUGGAAACUUUUUGCCUAUUUGCAGUUGCAGACGUGUCCGUUAUUGAAACUUUUGAGUCGGCUUUAAAAUGCUGCUUUCCACACAAAAACACUUGGAUCGUUAUUUUUGUUUGUUUUGGGGUUUUUUGUUUGUUUUUUAAUGCAUUUAGUGGUACAGCUGGUUGCAAGUUGCACAUCUGUGAGACUGUAACCCUUAUGUUGUGCUUUAUAGGGAACGUGAUUCAUGAACUGCUCAAUAGUGGAAACUAUUUUUGGUAGCAUGUUGGUGAUUUAAAAUUCUUAGAACAUGCAGAGGCACAUCGUUCUGUAUUAGGCACUUCUGUUCAGCUGAAUUAUUGUCUGAUUUAUGCAUGGAUAUGUAACACUGGAAAUAAUCAUGUUUGGGGAUUGGGUUGUGGCUAACACUUACUGUUUGUGUACGAAAAUGGAGCCAAGUGAAAUAGAUCUGAAUCUCUGUAUGUCUACCUCCUAGAAUCAAUAAUAAAAAUGUACGUACGUAGCAUGAGUCCAGCCCUUGU